AUGAGAAAAAUAUGGACCCCAAUAAGAAGACCAGAAGAUCAAAAAGAAAUAAAGAAUAAUUAUGAUGAUGAGAAAAAAGAAAAUUUUGAAAAGUCGUUACCAAAAGAUUUUAUAGAAAAUAACAGGAACAAUAGAAUUCCAUACUUUGAAAUAAAGGAAUCUACACUGGUGGAACAAAAGGAAAAGAAAGAAGUUCAAAAAAUAUUAGCCUUAGAAUUAAGAGAUAAAUGCAGGGCAGAAAUUGAUGAAUAUGUGGAAUGUUCUGUAGGAAGACUAUGGACAAUCUUAAAGUGCAAGGAUUUAAUGAUUAAAAUGAGAAAAUGCUUAGAAAAAUACGAAAACCUUGAAUAUGUGAAAUUUAGGGAAAAUCAAAUAAUUGAAGAAAGAAAGAAGAAUGGAACUAGCCUAUACAGAUCUAAUGAGAGAGCAAGAUAUAACAGAUUUAUAUAUACAGAUAAUGAGAGAGGAUGGAUUCCAGAAAAGAGGUAUUGA